UUUUUUUUCGUUUUUCGUGGCACCAAUUUUAUACGCGUUGAUACUUGAAGCUCGUGCGUGUUGCGUAUGUUUGUUUGUAAAAUGAUUUUCCAAUUGAUUACAAACAAAUAGAGUGUGUUUCUUUUAAAGGUGAUAAGUGUGUGGCCAGCCAACGAUUCGAUUAGUUUCUAACGAACCUAAUUUCCAUCAAUCGGACUUUUAGCGGUAAUCGAUAACGGCUAUGCAGAACGUGAGAAAGGUUUCGAUCCCGAAGGCCCCGGCCGUCCGGAGGCGGAUGUCCCGCCAUGGUUCGGUCCUGAUUGAGACAGCCCCGCGGCAGAUUCCCUGGGACCUGGUGGACCGGCUGCUGCUGCCAAUCAUCGGCUGUCACGCGGCCUCCGUUGUCGUUUCCGGGCUGCUGAACUUUACCGGAAUUUCCCAGGUGUCAGCCUUCGCUCUGUUCUUCUUCCUGUCGAUACUGACCGUCAGCACGGCCAUCGGAUUUCACAGCUUGAAGGUUUCUCCAAUCGGAAAAGGUGUGCUGAUUACUGGCUGCGAAUCCCCGUUGGCGCGUUUCCUGGCGAAAAAGCUGGACGAUCUUGGCUUUACCGUGUUUGCUGCCUUCAAGAAUCUUGAGGAAAGCGACGACGCCGCCCCCUUGAAGGCCUCAUCAUCGGGCCGUUUGAAUGCCAUCCAGCUGGACGUGACGUCCGAGGUUCAGAUGCUGGAAGCGUCUCUCUACAUUACCGAGAAUCUGCCGGAGGAUGGCGAUGGAUUGUGGGCCCUGGUACAUUGCGACAUGUGGUGUGCCCUCGGCGAGCUGGAGUGGAUUCCGUUUCCGGUGAUGCGGAAAUCAUUCGACGUCAAUGUGCUCGGAGCCGCACGUCUCACCCAAAUCAUGCUUCCGUUGAUAAGACGAGCCAACGGCCGGGUGGUGUUCCUAUCUUCGGCCCUCGCCCACAUCCCUUCCCCAGUUCGGAGCGUCCAGUGUGCGACUCAAGCGGCCAUCGAGGGCCUGGCCAACUGUCUCCGGCAUGAGCUGAAAGCACGUGGCGUUGACGUUACGAUGAUCUGUGCCAGCGAAUUUGCCUCCGGUAGUGCCUGGCUCGAUGAUGCGGCCAUGUUGAACCAGGCCCGGGCCAUGUGGGAACUUCUGAGCGACGAGCAGAAAUCCACCUACGGAGAAGAUUACUUCGAACAAGCUAUUCGGUCCCUGGAAAAGUACACGAACAUGAAUGGUGAUUUCCACUCGACCGUGCGUGCCUUGACCGAUUCGAUUAUCCGCAGUUUCCCGUUGUUCCGUUACACGCCGUUAUCGCGUUACGAAAAGCUCCAAACCAUAAUCGCGAGCCACUUUCCGAGAGCUUUCUAUGAGCUUUUGUACCAAAAUUGAAUGAGCCCUUUAAGCAACCACUAGUCAGGUUUUCGGAAGGUUUUCAAAGUAUUUAGUUUGUACUAAUUUCUGUAGUCAUAAUUUUAACAGAGUUUUUCAAUAUGAAAUUAUUUAAAAAAAAAAAUCAUGAACCGAUAUUUAUUCACUUAGAAUGUACUAGUCUUCAAUAAUGUUAGUAUCUAAAGUAAACUAAUCACAACCGUAUUAAGAAAUGAAAUAGCAUAAUCAUUAAACGCUUAGCCAUGAAACUAAAAUGUAUUGUAGGAACUAGCAAACUCAA